AAAUUUCUCACAGGAGUAAAAGAUCAGUUCGGGGAUCACCAACUUUGACCUAAUUGAAAACACAGAAACAGGACAUCUUAUCAAAAAGAGCAACCACCACGUGUCACCAUCUCCUGUCCCUAAGAGUGAAGAGGGAUACUACCAGCCAUCGAUUUAUUCUCCCCUCUAAAUAAAUACUCCUCUUUUUGGGCCCCCGUGUUUCUUUAUCCUGCAGAGAAGGUUAAUAAUCCCUCUGUUGUGUAAAAGAUGGCGUGCAACCAAAAUCAAACCAUAGAUGAAACCGACAAGAGCAUCAACAACGACAACACCUUCAUAAUCGAUAAACAACAACAACAAGAAGAAAGCAACAAUACUACCCCAAGUUUCUCACCUUCAGAGGCAACCGUAAUGGACCCAAACCAACCCAUGAAAGAAGAAGACUUAACAGACACGGAGCCACGAGAAUUCACUAACCCAACCGUCGUUCAAGUCUCGCCUGCUGCCCAAACCGAACGCUCUUUUGUCCCAAAACGCCCAUCAACAGACCGUCAUACAAAAGUUGAAGGCCGUGGCCGUAGGAUCCGCAUCCCUGCCACUUGUGCGGCCAGGAUUUUUCAGCUCACCAGAGAACUGGGUCACAAGUCCGAUGGUGAAACGAUCGGGUGGUUGUUAGAACGCGCGGAACCAGCUAUUGUCGAAGCUACAGGCACAGGCACGAUCCCUGCUAUUGCUGUGUCUGUUAAUGGCACUGUCAAGAUACCAACUUCCUCAGGGAAACAAGAUGGUGACUUGCCAAAAAAACGUAGGAAGAGGCCAUCAAAUAGUGAGUUUAUUGACGUUAACGAGCAUCAAAGUUCGGUUUCUUCAGGAUUGGCACCGAUUGCUCCUAUCACUUAUAGCAGCGUCAAUGUGAAUUCACAAGGGUUGGUUCCUAUAUGGCCUAUGGGUACUUUUGGUGUUUUUCCUGCUGCUGCUAAUUUUGCGCCUGGUUCAAACCAGGCACGGUUGUGGACGAUUCCAGCAACUGCAACACCGUUUUUUGACGUUGCAGGUCGACCAAUAUCUAGGUUUGUGUCUGCUAUGCAGCCAGAGGUGCGGGGUUCCAGUGUUGGUUCGAUGGAGUCAAGUGUUGUGCCCAGUUCUAGUUCAGGUGGUACAAGUGUUACUGGGGUUAGCGGUAGUAGUAAUGGUAAUAAUAGUUCUAGUAAUAGUACUACGCAGAUGCUUAGGGAAUUUUCUUUGGAGAUUCUUGACAAGAGAGAGCUUCAAUUUUUGGGUCGUCCUGCAAAUCACCAAACGCCUUGUUCAAAGCCUUAAGCCCAGAAGAAGGUUAAGUUUCUUGAUUUUGAUGAUACAAAGUUAGAGGUUUUAGGGUAGUUUUUUUGUUUUUAUUUUGUAAUUUGUAGGACAAUAGAAAAAUUGCAAAAAAAA